AUGGCUACCGGCGAUCACGGAGUCGUUGAGGCUGCCCAGCUGCACGAUACCCUCGUCGAGGGCGAGAAGAAGGACGUCGAUGUCGCGGGCGGCCCUCUGCGCCCCAGCCUGAGCGCCACCGGCCGCGCCGACAGCUACCACGCCGACGAGAAGGCGCCCGUCGAGACGGCCGAGGGCGACGAACCCACCGACCAUGAGAAAGCAACCCUGCGCCACAUCGGCGAGAAGCUGCCCGUCUCCGCCUUUCUGGUCGCCUUCGUGGAAUUGUGCGAGCGCUUCACCUACUAUGGCAUGUCCGGCCUCUUUCAGAACUACAUCCAACGCCCGCUUGACGGCAGCGAGGGCCGCGGUGCUCUGGGAAUGGGCCACCAGGGUGCCACUGGUCUGACCACUUUCUUUCAGUUCUGGUGCUACGUCACUCCCAUCUUCGGUGCCAUUGUGGCGGACCAGUACCUCGGAAAAUACGUCGCCAUUGUCAUCUUCUGCGUCGUCUACAUCGUCGGCCUGCUGGUUCUCUUCCUGACCUCCCUCCCCAUCGCCCUGCAGCAUGGCGCUGGUCUCGGCGGCUUCAUCGUCGCCGUCAUCGUCAUUGGUAUUGGCACCGGUGGCAUCAAGUCCAACGUCGCUCCCCUGAUCGCCGAUCAGUACAAGCGCCGCACCAUGGCCGUCUCCACCCUGUCCACCGGAGAGCGUGUCAUUCUCGAUCCGUCCGUCACCAUCCAGCGCAUCUACAUGAUCUUCUACCUCUGCAUCAACCUCGGCAGUCUGUCGCUCCUUGCCACUCCGUACAUGGAGCGCGACAUCGGCUUCUGGUCCGCCUAUCUGCUCUGCUUCUGCAUGUUCUGCGCCGGCCUCGUCGUCCUCAUCUUCGGCAAGAAGCUUUACGUUGUCCGCCCGCCAGAGGGUGGCGUCAUCACCGACGCUUUCAGGUGCAUUUGGGUGAUGAUCAAGAACCGCAGCAUGGACGCCCCCAAGCCAUCGUGGCAGGAGCGCCACGGCAACAGCCAGGUCAUGAAGUGGGAUGACAAGUUCGUCGACGAGGUCAAGAGAGCUCUGGUUGCCUGUCAGGUCUUCUGCAUCUAUCCCAUCUACUGGGUCGUUUACGGCCAAUUCUCCGGCAACUUCGUCACUCAAGCCGGCCAAAUGCAGGGACACGGCAUUCCCAACGAUCUGAUGCAGAACUUCGACCCCAUUGCCAUCAUCGUCUUCGUUCCCAUCCUGGAUCGUCUCGUGUACCCGUUGAUGCGCAAGAUGAAGAUCGAUUUCCCGCCCAUCAACCGCAUCACUCUGGGUUUCUGGGUCGCUUCCUUGGCCAUGGCCUAUGCCGCCAUUGUCCAGCAUCUCAUCUACGCUGCAGGCCCGUGCUAUGAAGCCCCUCUCUGCGACGCCUCGGUCGAUGCCUCCGGCGCUGCUCAGGGCAACCGCAUCCACAUUGCCGUGCAAACCCCGGCCUACAUGCUGAUCGGUAUCUCUGAAAUCUUCGCCAGCGUCACGGGUCUCGAAUACGCCUACACCAAGGCUCCGCCGAGUAUGAAGAGUUUCGUCCAGAGCAUGUACCUGCUGACCAACGCCUUCGGUUCCGCCAUUGGCGAAGCCCUCGUCUCGGUUGCCGUCGACCCCAAGAUUCUGUGGAUGUUUGUCGGUCUUUCCGUCGCAUCUUUCAUGGCUGGCUGCCUCGUCUGGAUCUUAUUCCACCACCUGAACAAGUCCGAGGACGAGAUGAAUGCUUUAGGUUGA